AUUGAAACUUGAUAGGUACUCCCAUAACUGAUUGUUUAAAAAACGGGUAAAAUUCUGAAUAACGGUCAAGAAAGUAUAGAAGCACCUGAUUUUCUGGGGAACCUUACAUUUGUUUAACUCCAUAAUAUUUGAUCCAUUGAAAACACAAAUCUUUGUGUCCAUUGUUUCUUCAUUGUAAUUGUACCCUUUGAAGAAGAAGAAGAAAUUUCUGUAGCAUUCAGUAUUUCUUCUUCUUCCAUUCUUCAAUCAUUUUCAGGUGAUCCUAUUAAGUACAAAAACUGAUCUUUUAGAAAAAAAAUCCCUUUAGUUUUCGAACAAUGUUUGGCUUCAGAAAAAGUAAACAAGACUCCGCUACUACGAAUACAACCCCUUCACAUUCCGAUGGAAAAACUAAACCUGGUCGGAGAACUUCCUCCGAGCCAGUUCUUGUCACACCAGGCGAUGAUUUUGGAACAUCGUCAUCAUCAGGGACAAGGAACAAUCACAAAAGCAAGACAGAGGAUUUCGAUAACAUGUCUAUGCAAGAAUUAGAGGGAUAUGCAGUAGACCAAGCUAAGGAGACCACGAGCUCCGUGAAUAAUUGCUUGAAGAUAGCUGAGGAUAUUAGACAGGAAGGUGCUCAGACCCUCGAUACCUUGCAUAAGCAAGGCGAGCAAAUUAAUCGUACUCAUAUGAUGGCUGUUGAUAUGGACCGCGAUUUGAGCAAGGGGGAGAAGUUAUUGAACAAUCUUGGUGGCAUGUUCGCUAUGCCUUGGAAGGCAAAAAAAGGUCACGAAAUUAAAGGGCCUCGAACUUCAAAAGACGACAAUUAUAAUAAAGGGAAAGGUAGUGCAAAGGACAGGGAAAAAUUAGGUUUAUCUAAUGGUAAAAAGGUGAAGUCAGCUUCUAGUACACCUCCUCCUGAAUCGAUGAACGCUAUGCAGCAAGUUGAGUUUGAGAAGGCGAAGCAAGAUGAUGCACUUUCGGAUUUGAGCAACAUAUUAGGUGAUCUAAAAGGCAUGGCUGUUGACAUGGGAUCUGAACUUGACAAGCAAAACACAGCUAUUGAUGAUCUUGAUAAAGAUGUGGAGGAAUUAAACUCUCGAGUUAAAGGUGCAAAUAGACGCGCACGUAAAAUAGUUGGGAAGUGAAAGAGGACUAUUGCUUCCUAUGUUGCUCGAACUCUACAAAUCUUUUGCUACACCCGUGUGGGAUCAUCCAAAAUGCACUACUUUUGGAGGAUACGAGUAGAUGCUAAACCAGAAUUUGUAGCCUAUGGGUUUGGGAUUCCAAUUCUUUCAAGUUACUAGGUUCUAAACUAAUAAAAUUAUGCACAUUUAAUAUAAAGUUUGGACUAAAGCUACUGGGUUCAGCCGAACUCGCAAACUCUACACUAGCUCCGCCCCUGGAUCUCACUCACCCGACUACAUUUUUGAAGAGUCUGAGCAUCAUAACUUGCUUCAACCUCAGAUUUAUUUGAAACUUUUUCGCAUUUGGCUUCAAGGUCUAUUGGAAGUUUUGGUUGCUUUUUUUUUUUUUUUUUUUUUAACUUUUUUCAAUUUUUUAUCCUUAAGGUUACCUUUCUUUUUUUUUCUUUUAAUUCCAAGUUUAUUGAACAGUUCAUUUGUGAUAAAAUAAUCAAAUAGGCCUUUUUGUGAUUAAUUUACUGAUCAUCAAUCGAUUCAUUUUUAUA